AUGAAUGCGGCAAGCCGAGCAGCCAUCUGUUUCAACAGCUGUUUAGGCUACAAGGUUGCCCUGGCUUGGGGAACGGACCACCGGGGGGGGGGGGCGCCCCAGCGCCGCCGCGGGAUGGGGAACAGCUGGAGCCUAGACAACUGCUUCUCCCGCAGCGGCGAGGGCCUCACCGAGGCCAGCCUCCGCGAGGCCCCGUACCUGCAGGCGCACCUCUUCGACGGCAAGAGCGAGGCGGAGAAGAAGAGCAUCGUGAAGCAGCUGAACGAGCUCGACGCGAAGCUGCCUGCCGGCGGGAUCAAGGGGUGCCUCCCGGCGGCCGAGAAGCCCACGCGCGUCGGGUCGGCGCGCCACCCCGCGUCCGCCGGGCCGCCCUCCCGCGAGCUCGCAGAGGGGGGGCCGCAGCGCCCGCGGCCGAGGAUCUGCGUGAGGGGCGCGCCCUGGGAUUUGCAGAUCCCCCCAGAACGCCACUCCUGGCGCUCCGAGGGCAAGGCCGCGCUGGAGCGUGUGCUUCACUUCCACAAGGCCACGUUUGGCACCCUCGCACUUGGCAUCUCCGGCUGCCCUGGUGGACUAUUCAUGAUUGUUCGUUGUCUCGUUCGGAUAGCCCACGUUGGGACCGACCUUGAGCUGCUCAGGUCCAGGAUGAGCGUGGCAACGUUCCACUUCAUGUUGAGGCCUGGAGAGCGAGUGACAUAG